CCACAACACGUCCCACUUUUAACCACCACCCAGCGUUCUUCAACUACCCAUAAAUGUCUCAUCUCUCUCUCUCUCUGAACUCUGAGCUAACAAUCAAACCAACCAACCGCACAGUGGCAUCAGAACGACGAGGAACAGCGCUGACAACAAUGCCGGAAGCCUCAGGGCCAGCAGCCGGAGGAGGGUCCACCUUCGACACCCUCUCCACGGACCUGACGGAGCUCAUCCUCGGCCGCCUCCCCCUCCUCUCCCUCUUCCGCGCCUCCGCCGUAUGCAAGCCCUGGCGCUCCCUCAUCUCCGCCCAAACCUUCCCCUCCCCCUACACCGCCGGCGGAACAGCCUCCCCUCCCUGGUUCUUCCUCUUCGGCUUCCAUAACACCUCCUCCCGCAACCACCAGUCCUUCGCCUUCGACCCCGUCUCCUACUCCUGGUUCUCCCUCCCCACCACCCUCCUCGCCGGCGGCGGCGGCGGUGCCCUCCAGGACCCUUCCUCCUCCUCCUCCUUGAUCGCCUCGUCGGGGUUCCUCUUCACCACGACCCCCUGCUUCAGCUUCACCCGCCUUUUCUCCCCAACCUGGCGCGUAACUUCCCCGCUCCACUUCCCCCGCAUCAACCCCCUACUCGCCGUCUUCGAAGACACCCCCUCCUCCCCCUCGCCGUCCGCCACGCCUCGCUUUGUCGUCGUCGGCGGGGUCCGCUUCAUAGGGAACCUCGUGGACAUCGAGGACCGGCUCGCCGUCGAGAUCUACGACCCCCGCUCUGAUUCCUGGAACCUCUGCCCACCUCUUCCAGCUGAGUUCCGUUCCGGCAACUCCUCGCAGUCCCUAUCCUCUGCGCUCUUCAAGGACAGGCUCUAUGUGUUCGGGAUCUACUCCUCCUUCAUCUCGGCCUUUGAUCUGCGAAGUCGGAUGUGGAGCGAUGUCCAGACCCUCAGGCCACCAGGAGCGAUCUUCUCCUUCCUGAUCGCGUGCAGUGCAGGCCUCAUGCUUGCUGGAAUGUGCCUAGGCCCCGUUGGCCCUUCCUUCAACCUGUGGGAAGUGGACGAGGGGACGAUGGAGUUCAGAGAGAUCGCGAUCAUGCCACAGGAGCUGCUGUACGGACUAGUCGAUAGCGAGGAAGCUGACGAUAAGUUUGCGAGCUUGAAGUGCGUCGGCUCGGGCAACUUUAUAUAUGUGUUCAACGAGGAGUACCACAAGAAAUACCCUGCCUGUGUCUGCGAGAUCGGGGGUGAGAACAAGAGGUGCACUUGGAGGAGGCUUCCCGAUUUGCCCUCACCUGUCAACAAGUUCCACAAGGUGAUCAGCUUCUGCUCCUCAGUCUCAAUCAGAGAUGUUCUUAAUGCCGGAGAUUAGUCGCUUCUCGGUACCCCAGACUACCCCAUGGGCUUUACAUUUCUCUUUCACAGUAUACAUAGAUAGCAUUUAAAUUAUUUGCUGUUUCAUUUGAUAUUUUUUGGCAAAUGCCACAGCUCAAGUUCUUAUGUCUGGAGAAGAUUAUUCCUUUCUGUAAGUUCCCGAUUAUCCUCGGAAGAAUCUAGAGAUUCACGUAGUUCGUGACUGCUGCUAGUUGGUUUAGUGUCUAAUGCUGUAACUCUGGGAAUUGUACAAAAGAUGCUAUCUGAUAUUAUAUAGUAAACAUUUUUUCCCGUUCUAUGUU